AACCGACAUUCAUUGUCAAAAUAAUAGGAUUUAUCAAUGUUUGUAUUUGUUGUGAUUUCAGGUCAGUGAUUGAGGUUGGCGUUGGAUUUUCUGAAAGUAUUGUAUUAUGGCAGUUUAUACCCACCAAGAAGUAAUGUUUAGUCGCCAAAAAGAUAUUUUUAAGAACGGAAAAUUUAUAACGGAAGCAAUGUUAUAACAGUUGCAACUUUAUGAACACAUUGAAAAUGGCAGCACAAAUUGAUUGGACCAAAUUUGUUGGUCUGCAGAAAAUAGAUCUUUCUCAAAAUAUUAUACAUGAAUUGCCAAGUGGUGUUUCUCAGUGUGACGGCCUAGAAUCUCUUAAGCUGAACCAUAAUGAACUUGGUGAUUUACCCGAAGAUAUUGGAGAUCUGAAAUGUUUGAAAGUAUUAAACUUGAAUAAUAAUAAACUUUUCUGUCUACCUCAAUGUAUAUUUAAAAUAUCAACUUUAUUAGAGCUAACAGUGAGUGAUAACCUGAUCAAAACUGUUCAUAAGGAUGUUGGUAACUUGUGUGAUCUAACAACUUUGGAUAUUUCACAUAACAAGUUAAUAACACUUACGGCUGGUGUGGGCUUUUUGAACCGCCUUAAGCAUGUUAACCUAUCUAACAAUGAGCUACAAACUAUACCUCACGAGCUGACAACAAUUUGUGGUUUGGUGGAGAUAGAUGUAUCAUGCAAUAAAUUAAAGAAGUUGCCUUGUGUAAGGAAUUUGAUACACUUAAAAAUAUUUAAAGCAAAUAGUAACCAACUUAAAAAUUUACCAGAUUUCAGCCAAUGCCGGGAACUGGUUGUCAUCAAUGUUAGUCAUAAUUUGAUUGAGGAAAUUGAUAGUGCUGGCCUUAAUAGUCAGCCUUUUCUGAAAGAAGUGAUCCUUCAAAGCAACAGGAUAAAAGAGUUACCAAGUGAUAUUACUAGUCUGUCAUCUCUUCAGAUUUUGGAUGUUUCUUCUAACAAUCUUAGUAGGUUACCUUCAAGCAUAGUUGACUUCCCAAAUCUACAAUUACUUAGAAUAAUGAAUAAUCCACUCAAAAACUUUCCACCACAGUAUAUGAAGGCUGAUACAGUGAGACUGUUGGGGUACUUGCGAGAGCGGUUUGCCUAUGAGUUGGAAGCUAUGAUCCCGGAAGAUGAUCACUCUGAUCCGGUCCCAGUGGCACGUUUCUCAUUAAGCCAGUUACGCAGAUGUGGCAGCUUGGUACACACCAACAGCGAAGAAGACGUACCAGACGAGGUCUGGGACAAUGCUGUCAAGGCACAAGUAGUUGUUGUCAAUCUGUCUCACUCCAAACAGUUUUUAUCAAAUCGGGUGGUGGAGCUUGCAGAAUCGUUGAUGGAACUUCACCUAGUGGAUACAGGGAUGAAAGAGCUUCCCCCAUGUGUUGGGAAACUGAGAGAGCUUCAAAUUCUUAUUUUGGAUCAGAACCAUCUCUCUGACCUUUGUCCAGAGUUGGCUGGCUGCAAGUACAUGAAGGAACUUUCCUUAUCCUGUAACAGGUUUAGUGAAAUACCUCUCGUUGUCUACCAAUUACGACUUCUUAGAACACUGGUUAUUAGCAACAACAAACUGAGUACAUUGGAACUAGCUUGGAGUGGUCUGCUUUCUUUGCAGAACUUGGAUACUCUGAAUCUCUCUAAUAAUGAAAUCACUCAACUACCUGCACAACUGGGUCUUAUGACUCACUUAAAAUCUUUUGAAGUAACAGGGAACAAAUUCCGUCAGCCAAGUUACCAAGUCUUAUCCAAGGGUACUGAAACUGUUUUGGCUUAUCUGCGGAACAAGUUACCAGAAGACAAAAAGGAAGAAGGAGGCGGCUUGGAAAAAAAUGAACCUACAAGUGUGUCAUAUUUUAUAGCUUAAAUUCAAGCUAAACUUACUUUAUAUUUCCUUUUUUAAUUAUUAAUUUUUCCUAACACGUUCAUGAUGACAUGUACCCUAUCGGGUACACGCGAUCUUUCGAAACUGCCGUUGUGUACUGAUUGGGUACAUACAGGCUUUCGUAAAGCACGUCAUUGUUAAGAAUUUCCUAAUUGUGAUUUUAUUGAUUGCCUGUCUUGGUGGUUUGUUACAUUUGAUUCCUCACUAAAAUAAAUAACUCAGACAUCGUGCACCAUGUCUGGAGGACGAAUGCGUAAUUUUUAAGGUAAAUUAAUUUUUAAGUACUCCUUUAGAUACACAAAGAAACAUGGAAAAACAAAUUGAAAUAAUUUGUUUAGUGUAAAAUUGUGAAUCCUACAUACUGUUCUCACUAUACUUAUAUGUUUAAAGUAAAAAAAUAUUACAGUUUUUUGCAAUUAUUAUUGAAAAAUUCAACAGGAACUAAAAAAGUCCGGAAAUAAGUCGUCGUCGUGAAUGUGUUAAGCAGUUUGUCUACACUUUUUGUUAUAUAUUAUAUAUAACAUUGCCACAGUACACUGCUCAUUUGAAAUGGAACACCAACAACUCAACAGUUUCUCUAAAUUUGUGUUCUUUGGGCCUUAAAGCCAUACAUGAAUCAUUGUUAAUUCAUGUUGCUUACAUGAGUUCUUUAGAGUGGAAAAGAAAAAGACUGUUAAUUCCUUUUAUAUAAAGUAAUAUCAAUAGUUUGAGUAUGAUCUAGUUGAUAUCAGUUUGAGAUUUUAAAUAAUAUCCAUGGAGCAUAUACAAGUAAACAAAUAAGAAUGGCAGUUAGGAUUACAAAAUCACUUGUGAUUGCAUAAUUAAAAUAAAUUUAACUAAUUUUAAGAAGCAUAUAAAGAAUAAUUAUAACUAACUAAUAUAGUAAUGGGUAUUAAUUAAACUAUAUUUUAAACUUAUCCAACCUGUAACCAUAAAAUUAUCACUCAUAUGUUUGAAAAGCACCAGUGUCAUGCAUCUUGUGUUCCAAUCUAUCAGUUAACAGUUUUAAAAAUAUUGAGUUUACAUUAAGUAAAUAUUAAUAAAUGAAUAUUUAUUUAAAACUAUAAAUCUACCAAAUACGUAGUAUCUUAUAACCACAUUGUCCACUAUUUUUGUGUACUAUUAUCUGUAUCAAUACUACACUAACACUAGAUACUGAUUAUUGUUGAAAUGUUGGUAUCCCAAUUCAAAUGUUUUAUACCUUGAUAGAAAUUUGAGUAGGAAUAUGCUUUUAGAUGUCUUAGUCUAUAAUACAUUGAUUGUUUAAUUUUAUACUUAUUGACUUUAUUCAAUAGAAGCUCACUGCAGUAACUAACAAUCCAUGUUUUGACUUGUUUAUUUUUUAAUAAUUGGUAAUUUUUUAAUCCAUCAAGCUGACAAAUUAGUUCAAACAUAUAACAUACAAACAAUAUGUUAAUUCAUGUUUUAGAUAAGCCAGUAAAUGCUUCUGGCAUUAAAACAAACAAUAAGGUUUUUUUUACACCUUCUUCACUCUGCGUAGGUGUCUAUCUACAACGUUAAUUAAAAACUACUUUUUUCAUAGAUUUCUUCACAUCAUUUAUUUAGUGUUACAAAUCAGUGUACAAAGUGAUUCAGGUUGAAUUAUCAAAUUUUAUGCACUUAAUAAUUAUUUACAUGUAUCGCUCAACUGUAGGUCGCACUGUUUGAUUUAUAUGUUGUUGCUCGAUGAGUGACAUUUCAACUACUUGUUCAUGCCUUAUUUAGCUUAAAACGGGUUGCAUACAUUUUUAAAUAUUAAGAUGUAUAAAACGUUGUCUAGUUCAUAAAAACUGAUAUCUAAUUUGUUAGAAUCAUUAAAAAAUAAACUGAAAAAUUAUACAAUAACAUUUUAUUAGAUCUUGUUAAUUCACUGGAAAGUGAUAAUUUAGCAAAAAGAAAACAGUUUGUUUUCUUAUUAUUUGACAUAUACUAGUAACAAAUUAGGUAUCAAUAUUUACUCUCUUUACCAUGCAGUUCUAGUAAUGCUAGAGUGUAGUAUUGUAUAUUUGAACUAUAUUUCGUUCUUAUGACUUUACUCAUCAAGGUCUCAAUUAUUAGAUUAAUAUGUUUAAGUUAUUGGUUCGCUUCCCUUGUUUGUCUCCUGGGUCUUGUACCCCAGGACAUAAACUAUCAACCUGGCACAGCCAACACAGUGUUCCUCUUGAACCUGCUGCAGGGCACAGUGCUUGCCUGUUGGUCUAACCCUGGUCCGCAUCCCUUGUUUGUCUCCUGGGUCUUGUACCCCAGGACAUAUAAACUAUCAACCUGGCACAGCCAACACAGUGUUCCUCUUGAACCUGCUGCAGGGCACAGUGCUUGCCUGUUGGUCUAACCCUGGUCCGCAUCCCUUGUUUGUCUCCUGGGUCUUGUACCCCAGGACAUAUAAACUAUCAACCUGGCACAGCCAACACAGUGUUCCUCUUGAACCUGCUGCAGGGCACUGUGUUCGCCUGUUGCUUGACAUUCGGCCCAAAGAAAUAUCUAAUUGGCAUAGAUAUGAAUUACUCAAGGUAAUACAUAUUAAUUAGAUACUUCAUACUUUUAAAAUAUUUAACUUUCCAAAAGAAAUUGUAAAUUUUAACAAUCCUGGGCAGUGGUAAAUUUUAACCUAGCUUACAUUAAAAAUGUUCCAAAUACUUUGUUCACUACUGAUCAUUAAAAAAUGUUUGAUUGGUCACAUGAAAAAAUACUUGUUAAGAUCUACUGUACGUGUACACUGUUUAACUAGGAGAAGCAGAACAAUAUGAAGAUUGUUACAAUAUUUAUGUUCUUUUUAGUGCCAUGGAUGUAUACAGUAUUAAAGUUUAUUACUGUUAAUUUUAGUUCUGCUGUAAUUUUCAAACAAGUUGAAGGUCACUAUUAAUAAAGGCACAUUUUUAUUGAUUUUUUAUAUUAACAGUUAUUCCAAAAUAGUCUACUCUAGGCUGUGUUUUAAAUUUAGAGGUUGUUUUGUUUAGUGUAUUCAAAAGUAGUUUGUAGUGUUUUCAUCAUUAAUAAAUUUAUAUUUUCGACUAUUUUAUAGUAUAUCAAAUUUACUAAUGGUAAGGAACUAAACUUCCAUAUAUUGUAAAAUUUACAGCUGUUGUAGACAUAUAUACAUACUAGUACUAGUAUACUAUUAGAUAAUGUACCUGAUAAUUGAUUUAAAGUUACCUUAUAUAUGGAUAUUAUAUUACCACUUAUUAUAAUUUCUAUUUAAAGAAUCAAUUUUAGUUUUAAAUUAAGGUGUCCAACUUCUUAGUUUUAGUUAGUGGUACAUUUAGUAUUUUAGUGGUAAAUAGAUUAUUUUUAGUUACAUUUUUGUUGAAAUUUAAAACAUUAUAAUGAUGUUUGAAGUCUGUUUCUGAUUUAUUUUUGACCAUUUGCAGAUAGAAAUGGAUAUUGUUCAAAAUUUUGGUAUUAGAUCAAAAUUUAGGAACAUUUAUAUAGGGAAACUCUGUGUUUAUAAAACAACUCUAUAUAUUAACUUUUCCUAUUUAAAAUAAUAUCACAAGUUGAAUCUCUAACAUUUACCCAUCCCCUCAUUGAAUUAAAGAUUGUCUUCUCGUUCUUGAGGAAGGAACCAAGUUUUUAAAACAACUAAAUAUGAUUCAAAUUUUUUUAAAUUCUCAAGAGUUGACUUUUUAAAAUCUGGACUGUUUGAAAUUAUACUUUUGGGGCAGGUAAUAUUAUCUAUACAUUUAUGCAGUUCAUUUAUGUUAUAUUGUAGUCUUGUAAAUUAUGUUGUGUGGUUUAAUUUUAAUUAAAUCGGUUUUAUUUUCUGUUGAUAAAAUAAUGUGUCAAAAUGAAUCUAGAUAAGGAAUUUUAAUUAUAAGUGUAAUAUUUUUGGGAAGGUAGAUUUUAAAAAAACCAGUAGUCUCUUAAUGUUCACAUUGUGUGUAUUGAAAGUUGACCAAAUUAUGCUUAGUAAUCUAUUAGUGAACUUUAUUAAUAGCAGUGCCAGGUAGGGCCAACUGACCAGGGCCACAUGUUUUGAAAGGCCCCACACUUGCAAAUUAAAAUUGAAAAUCCCAAAGAAAAGUAAUGUUACUGAAAAUCAAAUAUUUCUUUUAAAAUUAAGGGUUGCUUGUUUGUGAUUUACUAUAAUUUCUAAGUUUAAAACCUGUACUUUAUAUUUUCCAGGUGUCAUGUGGCUAACAUACUAGGUCAUUGAGUGUGUUAUGUGUAUGACUUGCAGUCUCUUACUGCAGUGUUGGUGUCAGUAAAACCUUUUGGUUAGUUAGAAAUGUUUAUUUGUGAUUUUGUUGUUGUAAAAGUUAAUAAGUGUGGUAUUGAUUGCAGAAUAUAAGUAUAAUUAAGGAUAUGUUAUUAUUCUGUAGUUAUUGUCUUUGUUAGAUACAGUUUACAGCUUUGUUCUGUGCAACAAGUAAUAACAGUGUAGCUUAAUACUCAUUUACUUACUAGCUUUUACUCAUUUACUUGUAAUAUAAACACAAGUUUAAGGAACACAGAGUGAAUUAGUCUUACAUUUAUUUAGUGUUGUUAGUUCCUACAACAAUUUUGGGAAUGGUGUGAAGUAAAAUCGUUCAGUUAUGUCUUAUUUAACUACUAAUAACCUAUCCAAAUGUACUUGUUUGUAUCUUUAUUGUAUUUUAGGAUGGUGUUGGUCGUUAUUGUCCUAUCAGCCUCUCACAAUCUUGCUUUUAGAUGACACAAAAAAUAUUUAUGGUUAUGACGCAAGUAUGCUGUGCCUCCUUCUUCGCUCUAUGUAAUGUACGAGCAUUCCUUUAAAGCUCUGAAAAUGAACUGAUUAAAGUUAGUUUUACUAACUAAAAAUUUAAAUUCUAUAUUAUAGGGAUUCUUUGUGUCUUAUAAAUAAUUAUAUCACUCCCUAAUCUGGCUGAAAUUAUAUCUCCAGCUUUAAAAGUGUAUUAUAAUAAAUAAUAUUGGUAGUAUUGUAUUUAAUAUAAAUUAUGAAUAUCAUCCUAUUUUGCUAGGAUCAAUAAAUUGUCAUAACUAUCGAAACUUAAUUUAAAAUAUCUUUUAUUUGGUUUUUUAUUGGUUGAUUGAAAGAGUUUAAUUGUAAUGUUUGUAUGUCAGUUUUCUUCACUUGUCUAGAUAAAGGUAAAUCACCUUACCUUAAGGUUGUAUUUCUAGAACAUUCUACAGGUUUUUAAAUAUUAUUAAUGCAUUAUACUAGACCCAAUAAUCUUUAUUGGAUAUGUAUAGUAUCUUCAACAAUUUCCUUUGUAGGGACGUGUAUGAAACUACUUGUUUAAAGUCCAAUAGUACACAUUUUUUAUUAAUUGAAGAGUGGAGGACACAGUAUUAUUAAUUGAUUCAGUUCAUUUUUUAUAUAUAGCAAAAAUGCUAGAAGUUAGAUUAUUCUUCUAUUCUUAUCUUUAAAAAACUCUUGUUAUAAAAAUAUACUAAUAGAAAGUAUAUAUAAUGCAGGUAUAUAAUACAAAAUUGCCAUUCUUUUAAUAAGUGCCAGUAUUAUUAUGUUUUAGUGUGUUACAAUUAUUUUUAGUUAAAUAAUAUUCUAUUUAUUUAUUGUUAAACAUUUUUAGCUCUAUUGUACAUUUGUGUGAUCAAAUAAAUAUUGAUGCUGUAUA